CCGGCGUUGCCGCAGGGGCGCUGUUGGGACGGACCCGGCCGGCUGCGGCGCCGCCAUGGCCGCCGUGCCCCGCGUCCUCAACGUUAACGUGGGCGUCCUGGGCCACAUCGAUAGCGGCAAGACGGCGCUGGCCAGGGCGCUCAGCACCACCGGCUCCACCGCCGCCUUCGACCGGGCUCCGCAGAGCCGGGCGCGGGGCAUCACGCUGGACCUGGGCUUCUCCUGCCUCCGCACCGCCCUGCCGCCGCAGCUCGGCCCGGGGCCCGGCGAGCUCCAGUUCACCCUGGUCGACUGCCCGGGGCACGCCUCCCUCAUCCGCACCAUCAUCGGCGGUGCCCAGAUUAUUGAUUUGAUGAUGCUUGUAAUUGAUGUGACAAAAGGGAUGCAGACACAGUCAGCAGAGUGCUUGGUAAUUGGGCAAAUCGCCUGCCAGAAGAUGGUGGUAGUUCUGAAUAAAAUAGAUCUCCUUCCAGAGGGGAAGAGACAAAGUGCCAUUGAGAAGAUGACGAAGAAAAUGCAGAAGACCUUGGAAAAUACAAAGUUCUGUGGGUGUCCUAUUGUUGCUGUUGCAGCAAAGCCUGGCGGACCAGAAGCCCCAGAGUCUGAGAAUCCACUGGGUGUUUCUGAAUUAAUUGAGGUCCUGAAGUCUCAGGCUUACCUGCCAUCGAGAGACCCCUCGGGAAACUUCCUUAUGGCAGUCGACCACUGUUUCUCUAUCAAGGGUCAAGGCACGGUGAUGACAGGGACUAUUCUUUCUGGCUCUGUUAGCCUUGGUGACAAUGUGGAGAUUCCUGCCCUGAAGGUGACAAAGAAAGUCAAGUCUAUGCAGAUGUUCCACACUCCUGUGACGUAUGCUAUGCAGGGUGACAGAGUAGGCAUCUGUGUGACCCAGUUUGAUCCCAAACUACUGGAACGAGGGCUGAUUUGCACCCCAGAAUCACUUCACACCAUCCAUGCUGCAAUAAUUUCGCUGAAGAAAAUCCAGUAUUUUCGAGGAGCUCUUCAGACCAAGGCUAAAUUCCAUAUCACCGUUGGUCAUGAAACAGUCAUGGGAAGAGUGAUGUUUUUCAGUCCAGCUCCUGCUGACUUCAAUGAAGAAAUUCAAGAGAAUGUUUUUGAUUUUGAAAAAGAUUAUCUUUAUCAAGAGGAAUAUUUGUCCAAGGACUCGAAAUCUUCAGAGGAGAACAAAGAAAAUGACCAAUCAGAAGUCCAGCUACCAAGACAACAGUGGGCUUUGCUAGAGUUUGAAAAACCUGUCACCUGCCCUAAACUGUGCCUUGUGAUCGGCUCCAAGCUGGAUACAGAUAUUCAUGCAAACACCUGCAGAUUGGCAUUCCAUGGGGUACUGCUCCAAGGCAUGGAAGACAAGAACUACGUAGAGACUUUCCUUCCAAAGCUGAAAGUGUACAAGCUGAAGCACAAAGAAGGACAAGUGGAAAGGGUCAUGGAUGAUUACAGCGUGAUUGGUCGUUCAUUGUUUAAAAAGGAAACGAACAUCCAGAUUUUUGUGGGCCUAAAAAUCAAACUAUCUACAGGAGAAGAUGGUGUAAUAGACGGUGGUUUUGGACAAAGUGGCAAAUUUAAAAUCCGGAUUCCAGGCAUAAAUAUGAUGAAAGGGAAGAAUAACGGGAGGAUGCCAUUUACAUUGGCAUUUCUACAUAUUGGAUGGAGGAAACUGUUCUUCAUGAGACAAGAGAAGCCUGAGUCUGUCAUCUUUCUGGAUGAUGGGCUGAAGCCAGAAACCAAGAUGCUUCUCACUGCUGCCUCCAAGAAAAAAUCUAAGGCAGGGAAGGGAGAUGCAAACAAAGAGGAUGAAAGCAGCAAGAAUGAUUCAGCCCAACCUGUUACCAUCGCUCUUCUCUUUAAAAGAUACGUCUUUGACACGCAGAAGAAAAUGAUUCAAUCCUGAGAAAGCAAAGAGGCCUCUGAUCACACUGGAAAGACCAGACUGUGAAUGAAUUCAGGUGGAAUGUUUCUUGCCUGAAUGCAUUAGACCUGUUCCUUUGUUGCAGGCUGAGCCUGGAAGCUCCUGCUGACUACGUGCCACCUUCUGAAAUCUCUGCAGUCUGGUUUUAUUCUGUUAGAAUGUGCUUACCUUGUCAUCUUUGCAAUGUGAAUCUUUAUGGCCUCUUGGAGAAUGUCACGUGCUGAAUGGGUGCAUUUGGGUGUGCGUUCUGAUUGUGGUGUUCUUCUGGAGAAUUGUUUCAUGUAAUUUAAGUUUGCCACCAAUAUUGAUUUAAAUGCAGUCAAGAUGUGAAUUUCACGUGAUCUACAAAGUGAAGCUGAUUUGUUUAGGUUUAUUUCCCAAGCAAAGUGUGGGACAAAAAGCACACAAUAUAAUAGGUGAAACCUAAAAUGAAUAUUUCACAUUCCUUCAGCUGUGACUAUGUAAGAUGCUAUCUAAGAGGUGGUAUGGAUCUUUGUUAUGAAUGAUUUCUAUCUAGAAAUGUUUUUCAUAUUAAACAUAAUGAUGUGUGUAACUGAGAGUCUUAAUUGUUCUAUUUGCUGUUCCAAAGUUUAAGAACCUAUCUUUGGUAACAUUUAAUAUAGCUUUUCUGAAUU